CCCCACCACCGGUCUCUGCAUUGGCUGGGUCAACAUCAGAUUCGGCCGAGCCGAGGGGCCAAUGAAUGGAGGCGCAGAUGCAAGCGGAGGAGACGGCUUUUUAAGAACGGACGCACAGAGCGGAGUGCUCACAAUCAGACUGCUGCUCCAAUCUGCACCGAAAUGGAGAACAAAGUGACAAAUUUCUCUGGAAAAUGGAAAAUGAAGUCAUCGGAAAACUUUGAGGAGCUUUUGAAAGCUCUGGGUGUUAAUGUGUUCCUGAGGAAGAUUGCAGUGGCGGCAGCAUCCAGCCCGGCAGUGGAAAUCACCCAGCAAGGAGAAACCCUCUCCAUUAAAACAUCCACCAGCGUCCGCACCACCAAUGUGACUUUCACCGUGGGUCAGUCCUUCAAUGAGGCCACAGUCGAUGGACGGCCCUGCACGAGUUUUCCAAAGUGGGAGACAGACCGAAAGAUUAGCUGUGAACAGACUUUACCAAAAGGUGAUGGACUGAAGACUGCGUGGACCAGAGAACUGACCAAUGAUGGAGAACUCAUACUGACGAUGACUGCUGGGGACGUUGUCUGCACCAGAGUUUAUGAAAGGGAAUGAGGACAUUUUUACUGAGUACUGUCACAUAAUACUUCUGUUUGCAUUUCAUGCAUGGUUUCCAUUUACUCGCCUUGGUUUCUUCAUCCUCGUCAUCCUCCCAGCCACUGAGUCCUGGUCAAGUCUUUCCCAACCAAUGAACUGGACAGAAAGGCAAGAAACUGCCUUUAACAUGAACAUUUUCUCUUAUUGUAUGAUUUAAUCAAGAUAUACAUUCCAUUUUUAUUUCUUUAUUUCUGAGGAGAUAAUUAGCCCUGUACCUUUAUUCUUAUGAAUUUUAAUAAACAAUUUUAUAUGAUU